GGGAUUCGAUUUGUCGCGAAUGCAACACUUGCUUUCGUAUCAUUCGUGACAAUAUUCUAAAAAGUUGCAUAUGGUUGUAUGCAUGUUUGUUGUUGUGAGUGAUGGUAUGUUUAGAUAAGAGAGUGAAUUUGUUAAUACUUUAAUAUUAAACUGGUAGAAAUGGGUAAUCAAGCAACACGUGGUGGACAUGUAUCCACCAAGAAGGCUGAUGCUGUGGUUCAUGUUGGUGAUAAUGCAAACGCAAACAAUCUUUCGAAAAGUUCCUCAGGGACUGAAUUAGAAAGUAAUUCGCACAUGCAGUUCUUUCCAAUUGAAAGUCUAGCGAAGAUUUUGUCUCAUUUAACUCACGAACAGGAACGUAUAAAUGGGAUAACAAUAUCUAUAUUUCAACGCUAUCUCUUUCCCAAUUAUCCAGAGUUAGGUGAAAAAUUAUUCAAUUAUCUCCAUCAUGCUGCCAAUGUUAAUACUACGCACUUGAGUGCCAAUUCUUUCAAACAACAAGCAGAGAAGUUCCUUUCUGUAAUGAGUGAUCAAACUGUAUUGGAGAAUUAUGUGAAGAUGUAUUCUGAUAUAAAAGGAGAUGGAAGCAUAAAUCCUGAUGGAUUGAAGGCUUUAUUGAACAUUUCUUAUAGUAUUGCUAUGGAUAGUAGUGGAACCUCUCCCUGUAUUUAUAAAGGUCAAAUAAUCGAUUCAGCUGUAUCAUCGUGUUUUCAUGGCAAACAUACUUUGUCUGUGAGUUAUGUGAGCAACUGGAUCUGGCAACAUUGUCCACGUCUAAUAUAUGGCCCUCAUCGAUAUAUAAUACAUGUACUAACAACUGCUUACAGAAAUGGUAAAGCUCUUUUAUCCAAAGAACAACCACAACCACAUUUGGAGAUACCAACACCUAUAUUGGAGCAACCAGAUUCUUUAUGUUUUCCCCAAGUUUUGUUACCUAUGAGCUACGUGUGGUUAUUAUCAAGCACACUACCCGAAUGUUAUCUUCAGACAGAUGAUUCACCAAAAGAUGUUACUCAUGCACUCAUAGCUAAGAGAAUGGGCAAUGUGUGUCCUAGACACUGGACAUUAUUGUACAAUAGCUCAGAACAUGGAACAGGAGCUAAUCGAUUUCUUUACCAUGUAUUAGGAUAUAGAGGACCCACUCUUUUAUUCAUACGGAUUGCUAAUCCAGAUGGAGAUACUUCGCGUCCUACAUACUGCAUAUGUUCAGCGAUAGAAUGGCGUGAAAGUCAUCUGUAUUGGGGCGACGAAGAUUCGAUGGGCAUUGAAUUGUUUCCUUCAUAUAGGGUUAUUGAAAAGGGAGCUAAAGUAUUAUACUUGAAUACUGGUAUCAGAGGUUAUCCUCAUGGAUUACGGUUCGGAAGUAAUCCCCGCUCGCCGUAUAUUAGUAUAGAUGAAUCAUUCCAUUCAGUCAGUAUAGCAGGUGCACCUUAUCCAAUUGCUAGCUUAGAAGUUUGGGGUUGUGGAGAUAUGAAAUUAAGGGAACGUCAAUUGGAAAUUAAAAAGUGGCAAGUGAAGGAAGCAGAAAAGCAGAGGACCGUUAAACUAACUGCUAAAGAUUGGAAAGAUCAUCCUGAUCGUUACUUACUUGAAUUGGCGGGUAGGGCAUCCUACAACGAAUCAAAUAAAUAGUCUCAAUAUUAUAUUCUAUUAUAGCACAAAAUUAAUUCAGGAUUUUAGUAGAUUAUUUGUAUAUAUGUAUAUAUCAUUAAGCAUAGUAUUGCUUGAAUGUGUAAGUACUUAUGCUGUAUGUGUAAGAUUGCAAACACCAUAUUCGAUUUACAAAGUACGAAGUGCUAUAGUAUAUAAACUGUACAAUAACAGGAGGAGGAAAGUUUCUUAAUUUAUUACUUAUUUUUUAUGAAUCAGUUACUUAAACUAAAAUCGAAGUACUUCAAAAACCUAACAUAGUAUAUUUUUAAAUAGUACUUUCAUGCUCAAUAAUAUUAGCAUAAAAGAUACAAAGCUCCAAAAACAUUUAAGAUGAAAAUGUGCUAUCUUAUAUAGCGAUGAUUGAAAAUUUGCAUUAUAAAUGUUAGAAAAAUUGUUUAAUAACUGUAAACUUUCAAUUUUUAAUAAAAUAUUAGAUAUACACGUGUAUUUGUUAAAAGUAUAACUACAUAGGUGCUAUUGCAUAUUUUUAUGUGAGUUUUAGAUAAAUGUGUUUUACUUGUGUGCGUUAAGUUUGAGCUAUUUGAUUCAGCCAACUCAGAUUUAUGUAAUUUCCGGAAUUUUGUAUCUUUUUGUAUUUUUAAGCUGUGACGAUUAUAGCGUGCCUUAUAUACGUACUUAAAGAAUAUAAUUAAUCACGUUAGAUAUUAACAUUAGAUGCGUGCAAAAAUGAAAUAAAAAUAACAGACACAACUGAAGAACUAGUUGCGUCCGAAAUCUUAUUAUCUUCGGAGAAAAAAGUAGUCAUUACUGGAUAAUUUAUUUUAAAUGACUAAUGUUUUUUUAAAAUAAAAUUUGUAUCUACAUAAAUAAAGCAAUGAAAUAGCGA